AUGAGUGUAAUGCGUAAUAUCGAAUUAUCAAACUUUCGUUUCGACGUGGAUAGCGUUAGUCAACGAGCUGUGACAAAGUGUGUUGAUGAGACAAUCUCUAUUGCUGGUCAGUCAGGUUCAAAUGGUCAUUUUGGUCCUAGCGGUGCACCUGGACAUUAUGGAUGUAAUGGAACCGAUGGUGCUCAUGGGGGCGAUGGGGGUGAUGGUACUAAUGGAUUUGAUGGCCAGUCAGGACAGCAUGGUACAGAUGCUCGACAUGCAUUCAUAUGGCUGAGCGGAACAGUUGAAAAUUUAAAUGUGAAAAUAAAAAUAUCUCAGACAUUAAACAGUUCGUCUGAGCAUUAUGCUAACUUUGAUCGGAAUGGUGUCCAACAUCUUAGUGACGUUAAUCAUAAUUUUCAAUUAGCUAAUUCGAGGGGGGUCAUUCUUGUACAAGCUGCAGGAGGCAAUGGAGGGGACGGAGGACAUGGAGGAGGCGGUGGGAAUGGAGGUAGUGGUGGACGGGGUGGCUCUGGUUAUUCUGGUAUAGCUGGGCAUAAUGGUAGGGGUGAAGGUGCUUCUGGUGGAAAUGGAGGUCGUGGUGGAGAUGGAGGAAGAGGAGGGCGCGGAGGUAAUGGAGGCAAUGGCGGAUCUGGCGGAAAUGGAGGAAAUGCAGGUGCUGGCGGUCAUGUCCAAGUUCGAAGUUUGGAUGCUAGAUUAUUGAUGCUAAUUGAAUUGAAUUGUCGAGCAGGACUAAAUGGUAAAGGCGGUCACUAUGGAAGUGGUGGCCACUAUGGUAAGGGUGGAGCUGGUGGGAGCGGUGGUAAGGGUGGAUGGGGUGGUAGAGGUGGACCAAAUGGCUCCAACGGACGUGACGGUAUGCCUGGUACUAAUGGUUCUAAUGGAAGCGAUGGUCACUCAGGUAAUCAUGGUCGCCAUGGUCACGAUGGUUGUACUGCAAGCAAUGGUUCAAUUCAAUAUGCUGUGGUCGAUGCAGAUGAUAACAUAAUUGAAACUGGUCCUGAUAAGUACCAUGCUAGUAUUUGUUCUUAUACUAUUACAGACGAAAAUAACGAUGGAAUCUAUGAGCCCAAUUCAGAUUUUUUUAUUACAAAUAUUGAAUGGACAAAUAACGGUGCUAUGACGUUGCCCAGUGGAUCCAUAUUAUCAUUUCCAUCUACAGAAUAUAUUUCUAGUAAUAUAGAAGACGUAAGUGUCUUACCAGGUGCUUAUAUCAACGAACUUUUAGUUGAUCAUCAUCGAUUUAAAUGCCAUCUAAAUGCCGCAUCCACUCCUUCAAUCAAUCAACCGUACAAUCAUCCUGUAAAAAUAACAUCAAAUAUUAAUCUAUUAAAUCGUUUGUUUUCUGGCAGCGAAUUUUCAACUUCGUUAAUGUGCCAAUAUCCAAUUCAGAUUAAAAAUAUUGAAAUUCCAACCUUUCUAGGUCCCAAUGAACGAGCCAUCGUAACAGUUCGUUUUACUAAUAUAUCUACACGAUCCUACGGUACAUGUUUGGAUUCGGCUGGUUCAAUAGAAUUUAUACUAACUACUCAUCCUUUAUUGAAAAUUUUACCUAUGAAUGGAGAACAUACUUAUCAAAUAACGCCCAAUGGUUGUGGUCACUAUAAAAUGAAUGAAGAAAUCCUACCUCAAUCAACAAAACAUAUUAGUUUUGAAAUUAUGUUAGAUGACAAUGCUUUUGAUCAACUUUACGAAAGUUUAUUUUGGAAUCUUGAUUUAUUAUUGCGUGAUAUGCAGAUUGAACAACAUAGAAAUAGCAUUCGAGUUGUGCCAACGUUUAAAUCAAAUAUUCAUACCGAUGUACUAUUGGUUACAAAUUCUCUAGUUAAUCGAGCUGAAUUUCUUGCAUAUCGAAAAUUAUUUCAAUUAUUUAAAUAUUCAAGUCAAACGUGGGAUGUCGAACGAUAUGGCGCAUUCCAUAGUCCCGAAACACAAUGGUUGAAUACAACAGAUUUGAUUAUUUUUAUUUAUUCAAAUCCUCGAUCAACUUUCAAAACCAUAAAAUCUCAAUUACUAUUACAACAUAUAAAUUCUUCUGAAAAUGCCGGUUUUAUUUGUAUUGGCCCCUUUCUAACGGAUGAAUUUGAUUUUGCAUUAUUCGAUUACAAUAGUCUACACUUUAUUAACGAUAAAGAGAAAGCUAAAUCUGAAGCUACAAAUCAUCUGUGGUCUACUAUUGGAUUCGGAUGGCCUAGUGCAGAUGAAUUAAAUGAGAAGGCUAAUGAAAUUAGAAAAAAUCAUGAAAAAAAAGACGAUCAUCAAUUUUUAUAUCAAACAGUCUAUGAUACAAUAAAUGAAGGUUCUGCAAAUUGUAUGACCAUUGUUUAUGGUAAUAAAUAUGUAUUUAAAUCCACUUUGAAUUCUCAAGUCGGUAAUCGAGUAAUUCUGGUUCCUAGUUAUGAUCCUUGGCUAGUCAAUUCUCACUUACCAUUCACAUUACAAGCUCAAUCGAAUACAACUCAACAGAGUAGAGUUGUUUCUGCUAGUAUAAAUGAUAUGGACAACCAAUCACAAGUUCAAAAUAUAAUUCAACGUGAAAUUAAUUUAAGUUCGCAAUUUGGUAGAUUAAUAUGUGCGAUAUUAUUUUAUCAAGGAUUUGCAAAAUCUUAUGCAAUAAUGGCUGAAAAACGCGAAUUAUCAAGUUGCAUAUUCACCACGGUUACACAUCGAUUUACUUUUAAUCAAAUUUUAGUUGGCCUUGCUAUGUCGAUUAUUGAACGUGAAUAUGACCGUGGGACUCGAGAAUUUCAAUCAUCGAAACAAUUAAUAAAUCAACUAGCUAAUAUGAUCGCCAGAGAAAAUAAUAUUACAAGUGAUCACGGGACAGAUGCCAAUGCUUGGUUCUAUUUACUAAUUCAAUCAUUGCAUGAAUAUAUUGACAGUAAAUUUUGGAGUUCUUUUCCUUGGUGUAGUUGCACAAAUAAAGCAAAACAGCGACAUAAAUUACAGGAAAUUCUAAGUGAUUUACAUUCAUUAUCGCCGAAUGAAAUUCGUAGGAACAAAGAAAUUGAUCAAGCAGUGCAAAUUUUAAGAUUACAGAAAUUAGCAGAUUUAAAAUUUCCAGCAGCUGAUAAAAGAGAACAUUGUGCUCGACCAAUAUCAGAAAUAUUAGCAUGGCAACAGGAACAAAGGAUUACGGAAACGCAAUCGUCAAUAGAACAACCAAUACCACCGCCACCAGUAUUUUAUCCAGAUUUUUCACCGCGAGAAGGCAGACAAAACUUUUCUACAGCACGAAAUAUCAUAAGUGUCAUCGAGGAUCUGUUUUUAACAGCUGAAUAG